UGGAUGGAAGGAACACUCUACUGUUUACUCUUUGCUAGUCACUACAACGAGUAAUCAUGAAGAUCAACAAUUUGCUGGGAACUGCUCACAGCCGGUGCAUGCGAGAACUGCUAAUGAUUUGCUGAACUCUCCUGAUUAUGAAAUCCAGGAUUCAAGAAGAGAGUUAUCUGCUCAAAACGCAAGACAACUACAGCAAGAGGAGAGGGAAAAAAGUCAACAAAAGGAAAAGUCUAUUGCAAAACUGGAAGACUGUAAUAGAUACUCAUUUGUACAAAGUCAGAAUUCAGAUGAUGCACCUGGUAAACCUGCUGAUUCCGAUAUAUAUGGAGGAUGGAAUGCUAUGAUAAACAAGCUUGGCUGUGCUGAGGAUAUUCCAUUUAACAUUUUGAGAAAUGGAUGGGAAGGUCACCCUGCAGUUGACUCUUCCUCAGUUAUGACAAGUUCUCAUCAAGAUCAAUCUUUUCCUUGGAGCACCUCUCAGCAAGGGCAAGUGCUAACUGAUGAUAUCCUUAACUCUCCUCGUUAUGAAAUUGAGAACACAUCAAGAAACAGGCAUGGUAGUUCUGCUGAGGAUAUUUCAUCUAGCAUGCCUGGACAUGGAUGGAAAGAUCACUCUACAGUUGACUCUUUGCCAGUUGUAAGGACAGGUACUUAUCAAGAUCAAUCAUUUCCUGAGGACGCUUCUGAGCAGGUGCAGGGGAGAACUGUUGAUGAUAUGGUUAACUCACCUGGUUAUGACAUUGAGCUUUCAAGGAGAGAAUUGUCUGCACAGCAUCCAAAACAACUGCAGGAAGAGGAGAGGGGAAAACUUCAACAAAAGGCAAAAGCUAAUGCAAAACUGGAAGAACUGAAUAGAUGUUCGUUUGCACAGAAUGAAAUGUCGAAUGAUGUGCCACUAGAAACAAACAAAAAUCUUUGUAAACAAAAUGCUGGAAGCAGUGGAACUAGUAGUCAUGAUACCUCAACAUCAGAUACAUGUUGUAUUGUCUAUACUGAGAAUCUUAAUGUGCCUCCAAGACCAAAUUCCGUGAGGAAUACUGCAGCUCCUAUCUGCUCCACUCAGAAUGUGAUGCGUGCAGCCAAGAAAACCGACGUUAGCAUGCUGGAACAGAUCGCCGAUAAAACUGAAGCAUAUUCGCAUGAUAGUAGUGCUCUAGAGCAUUUGCAUAGGGAAGGACAAGUUCAUAAACAGGAUAGUAUUUCAAGGGGCUCCACUCCAGCAUCAGACACUGCAGAUGCUAACAAAAGUCCUUUGAUUCCGAACACCAUUUCCCCAGUCAAGAACACAGAAAUCAAGAUUAUGGAACAAAUUGACCCGAAAGGCGUGUCACUCUCAAAUGAAAGCAGGACUCCAAUGCAUUUGCAGAUGGAGGAAAGGAGAAGGCAAGUUCAUUCACAUCGAAGAAUUUUAAGGAGCUGCACUCCAGCAUCACGACCUGCAGGUGUCAACAAAGGGUCUUUUAUUCAUAAUGUCAUACCUUCAGCAAGGAACAAUGAAAACAGCAUGAUGGAACACAUUGCCUGGAGAAGUGCAUCACAGUCACACGAAAACAGUUCUCCAAAGCGUUUGCAGAUGGAGAAUAGGCGAAGGCAAGUUCAUCCACUAGAGAGAGUUCUAAGGGAGAGGUCAAACAUAGCUGAAAGCACAGAAGAUAUUACAACUGUUCCUGGAACUCAUGUGAACGCACGAAAUGCUGAAGCUAAACCUCAUGUGGACCUCUCAACACAAAGCGAGAACAGAUCUGUGUCACCAUGCAUGUUUGGAACUGAGAAUAUAGAAACAUCUGGUUUGCGUAAAGCUCCUGUAUCAGGCGUUGUUAUCAACAGUUCUAUAAUCACCGUACAGGCUGUUUUGACUAGAGGCUUUACUGUGGGGAGCAUAAUGCUUGGGGAUGCUUCAGUUCCAUCCGUGAAUCAGGAGAAAACAGUUGCCAAGGAAGUGGAUUAUGAUGCAACAAAUAGCUGUGCUAGUCCUAAGCAGACAAAGCAAUCGGGAAAGAAUCAGCAUGAUGAACAGCAUGCCAAGGAUCCCCAUGGGGGUGACAGUAUCAUGUGCACAGAAGUUAAAGAGCCAAGCAAGAAAGAACGGCCUGAGGCUGGUAGGGUGAACUGCAUGGCACUACCUGUUCCAAACCAGCCAUCUGGGAAUCAAAGCACUGUUUUGCAGGAUGCAGUGCCAGCAAAAACAAGUGAAAUGGAGUGGCAUUCCUAUCAGCCUGAAUACAAAGAGCUGCACCUGCAGAAUCCCAGGCAAAUGCUACAGGCAGAAAAGCACACAACAUCAUCUGAUAAUUCAUUGACGUCCAUAUUGGAAACUAAGAGUUAUGAUCAAGAAUCCCUGCAUACUUCCACUGCUACAAAAUCUGAGAUUAAAACUGAACCUGAGAACCAGGGGGAUCAGAAAAAGAAAAUUAGCAAGCAUCUAGUGAGGAGCAUUGCUGCUUCUGACGAAGGAAGCACAAAUGGUUCAGCUACAUUAGCAUCAGAUCUUACUGAGCAAGAAGCCAACUCUCUAGUGUUAAAAAUCAUGCAGGAGUUAUCUGACCAGUUGGAGCAAAUAGAGAAACAACUCGACUCCACCCAUGUGGUUGCUGUGAGCCGCUCAGAACCAACUCAAACGGUUUCACUACCUGGGUACACUUGGAGAGAAUAUCGUGUGAGUCACAGUCAAAGGCAAUACCAUGUAGAUGGUCAUCGGGUUGGCUAUGCUGCAAAUGUGUGUGGCUUCACACAGGGGGUAUCUGCUGUGUCUACCGCUCAUGUGUUGCCUGGAUCCAUCUCUGUUCCUGAGGACAACGCACUGAGUGGCAGCAGCGCUCCAGUUUGGAUGUGGGAUCCUGCUCAGGACAUAUUGACAUCAGACAUGGGCAGUGGCGGCGAACUGACUGAGAGCAUCUACGGGGUCAGUCAAAUGAAUCAGCACUGCAUGCAAGUCAUAGGGGGCAUGCCAUAUGAAGCUGCUCCAGCGAACCCUGAGAUCCAGUACCACCACGCAGAUCUGGCGAACCGGCAGGUCAACCAGGCAUGGUUCCCCCACAGCCAGCAGGAUAUGAUUUAUCAUAGCAGCAGUGGUACCGGCGUGUAUUGGCCACAAAUGGACGUAGGCGCUGCAAUGCAAUGUCAUGGUGUGACUGGAUCAGUAGUAGGGGCUGGGCAUCCUGGUUACCAACUAAUGCCACCACAGAUGGAUGUAGGCGCUGCGAUGCAAAGUCAUUGCGUGACCAGACCAGUAGUAGGCGCUGGGCAUCCUGGUUACCAACUAAUGCCAGUUGCAUCUCCUGGUGCUGGCUACACUGGGAGCACAAUGGCGGCGGCGUGGACUUGGGGAGCGGCCUAUGAUGAACACGUGUACUACGCCUGAUUGUGUGGAUAGCAGGAGAGUUUGGUGUUGGGUAGCUCAUAUAUGUGGGCUGCGCUGUUUAAUUGAAUUAAUUGUCUUUCAAGUCUCUAACAGUCAGCUGUGCACGCACUGGUGUCACAAGCAUAUUCGUAGAAGCGAUGUUGAAUGAACGAGUGAACGGCGUCAGCUUUAGUCUCAAAAUAUAUUUAAAUUAAUUAAUGGCAGCUGUAGUACACUACUACUAGGAAUCAUUUUUUUUCAACUUUCAUUCAGUCAUACAAUGGCAUCGCUAAAUGCUGAUACUCUUGUGAGCUGUAUGAUGCUUGAAUAUCACGGAGCUUGUAUUUCUGUGUUCGUGUGUUGAUGAAGCAAAAUACAAUGACGAUUGGUUUCAUCAGAGUACGAUUUGGUGCUGCAUUUGCCUAGUGAUGUGAAAUUAGUCUAUGAUUUCUACUAUUUA